AUGGAGACAUCAACUUUUGUAAAGCAACUGGCCUCUAACAACAAGAAAGUUAGAGACAAUGCAUUAGAUAAAUUGACAAAAUAUUUAAAUACUCGUCAAUUCAAGGAAUCUAAACAAUUGCAGUAUGAUAAGCUAUGGAAAGGGUUAUAUUUUGCCAUGUGGUUUAGUGAUAGACCAAGACCCCAACAACGUCUGGCGUCUGAAUUAGGAAGCUUACAUAGCUUAUAUUUUUCUAAUAAAGACAACAAAUCUACUGAAGACAAGCUAACAGUAAAUGAUGAAGCAUUUGUCAAAUUCAGUAAAGCAUUUUGGAAAGUCAUGUGUAUUGAAUGGCUUAACAUUGAUCGUCAUAGAUUGGAUAAAUACUUGUUGUUGAUUAGAAGAGUAUUGUUUCAACAAUUGAAAUAUUUACAGUCUAGAGAGUGGAACUCGAACCUGGUAGACACAUAUAUCGAGAAGGUAUUAAAGGGCAUUCCGUUAAGUGGGGAUGUCAAGAUCUAUAACGGUAUUCCUAUGCAUAUCACUGAUAUCUUAUUAGAUGAAUGGGAAAGAAUAAUGAGAAAUGAAAAUGAAAAUGAAGAGCAAGAAGGUUCUGAAGAAGAAGAAGAAGAAUACGACUACAAAGAAUUAGUUAAAGAGACGCCAUUGCCUAAAUUCAUCGAAAUCUUUACCUCCAUAAGAUCCGAUCUCAAUGCCAGCAAAGUUCUAAAAGACCAAAUUAAAGAAAACUUAAUUGACGACUCUAGACUGUCAGAAUGGAACAUCAUUGUCGCUUCUGAGGAAGCAGAGGAAGAAUCUGGAUCUGGAUCUGAAUCUGAAAGUGAGACAGAAGAAUGGAAAGGAUUCUAA